GCACAAAAAUUCGACAAAAAUGUACAAUCUAAUCGCUAGUGUCAGAACCAACUAAAAAACAGAGUACUACAAGACGGGCCUGGAGAAAAUUCUGAACGUCAACCGAAAUAAUUCAAGUUUAAAGUAGUCUAAUUUCACAUUUGAUCUAAUAAAUGCACAAGAGCAAAGUUAAUGCAUAAUAAGUAGUAAAUUCGCGCUUUUUUGAAACGCGCACUAAUACUUUACUGUUCAAAGGAGCUCUCUGUCUAACAUCGUUAGUGUAUUGGUUGAGUUUAUUUAGUACUGAAAAACUAGCGAAAAUACAUCAGAACAUGUUAAAAGGAUAUCUCAAAGGUGUUGUAGACCUAGUGAACAAUCUAACUGAACCAGUUGGUUCAGACGAAAAUCUAACUUCUGGUGAUACUCCGGAAGUUCUUGGGGAAGGAUUUAAAGAUCAGGAUAACGGUAGUUCCAAUAGACCACGAACACUUAAUUCUGUGCCCAACUCACAGAGCGUUGACAAUUCGGAAUCAAGUAGUGUACUUAGUUGGAUUGGAAGUUUAAUAGCAGCCAAUGGUGAGAACUCCAUGUUGUUCUAUGUGGACUCUCUUGCAUCUAUGGAGAUAAAUCCAAAUGAUGAUAAUGAAAAACAAACUGAUCAGGAAUCUGAAAAAUCAUUAGUUAUAACCGAAGAUAUUUCGAAAAUUGAAGUACCUGAAGUGUCUAAAUCACAAGAAGAUAACAAAUUGAUAACGCAUAAUAUAAAUUGUGAUUGGACGGAUAAAUUUUCAGUCAAAACUUCACAUGUUUGGGAACAGAUUAAAAAGGAUUUUAAUGAAGUUGUUCAUUCUGUCUCUGAACCAAAAGAUGUUGUAUAUCGUACUGCUUUUUCAGUUCGUGAUCGUAUCACAGCUGCUGCAAAUACAGUAAAGAACCUAAAUCCUAAUGAAUUUCUUUUGCCGGAUAAUGAAUCGGAAACUGAUCAACAGUUUACAAAGAAGGGAAAUAUCGUUGAUGAUGACUUAACGGCCUUACCACCGGCGUUGCCUAGCUUCACGAAUAUUAAACAAGAUGUAUCCCAGUUGGUCGAUUCUUUAUAUAAUGGUAUAAUGUCGACUGGCACGUAUUUCGGUUUAAUAACUGGAGAAAAUCAAUGUAAAGAUAAAAGUAAACACCAAGUAUGUUGUUUUUAUUUUGUUCAAAAACACAGUGUUGAGAGGAUCUAGUUUAUUAUAGUUAUUGUUAUAACUAUAAUUGCUGUAGUUAAAACUCAGAUGAAUAGAUUUUCGAAUUAGUAUGCACGGUUUUUGGAAAUUGACCAACUUGUGUUCACCGUUUACAUCACCAACUAAUCUUAGUUAGAUAACAAUUGAAGCGAGAUGAUCCUCAAAGUUUAAAUUAGAAGCCAUGACUAAUGAAGUUCAGCCGUAUCAGGUGUAAAACAGUCAUUUACCAGUUGCAUCGAAAGAUGGUCGCGCAGUACUGUGGAUUGAUUAGGG